AUGACGUCCGAGUUUACCUCUCCCGUCUCAGUCGACAAGAUCGCAUCAUCUCUGGCGGAGGCAAGCCUGGCAGAUUCUAAGAGCUCUGCACCCGCAGUCAAGCCCGCCGAUGCUUCGGAUACGCACGAUCAGGUCGUGACGCCCUGGGACGUGCAGGGGUCCGUCUCGUCCGACGGCCAGCAGCUCGCGAUCGACUACGACAAGCUCAUCGACCAGUUCGGCACGCGGAGGAUCGACCAGGCGGUCCUGGAGCGAUUCGAGCGGUUGACCGGGCGCCGUCCACAUGUGUUCCUGCGGAGGGGGCUGUUCUUUUCUCAUCGAGACUUUGACAAGGUCCUCGACCGCUAUGAGCAGGGGAAGCCGUUCUUCUUGUAUACUGGGCGAGGGCCAAGCAGCAACAGCAUGCAUCUCGGACACAUGGUCCCGUUCGUGUUCACAAAGUGGCUGCAAGACGUCUUCGAUGUCCCACUAGUGGUCCAGCUCACAGACGACGAGAAGUUCCUCUUCAAGCACGAGCUCAAGGUGGAACAAACAUAUGAGUUCUCGAAGUGGAACGCGCGGGACAUCAUCUCCGUCGGCUUCAACCUAGAGAAGACGUUCAUCUUCAGCGAUUACGACUACGUCGGCGGAGCAUUCUAUCGCAACGUCUCCAAGAUCUCUCGGCAGAUCACGAUCAACCAGGCCAAAGCCACGUUUGGCUUCAACGACUCCGACAACAUCGGCAAGAUCCACUUCGCCUCCAUCCAAGCCGCGCCCUCCUUCUCCAACUCCUUCCCGCAGAUCUUCGGCACCGCCUCGAACAUACCGUGCUUGAUCCCCUGCGCGAUCGACCAGGAUCCGUACUUCCGCCUCACGCGCGACGUCGCCGCAAAGCUCAAGUACCCCAAACCUGCGCUGCUCCACUCCAAGUUCUUCCCCGCGCUGCAGGGCCCGCAGACGAAGAUGAGCGCCUCCGACACGAACUCGAGCAUCUACAUGUCCGACACGCCCGGGCAAAUCAAAAACAAGAUCAACCGCCACGGCUUCUCGGGCGGACAGGAGACGGAGGAGGAGCACAGGCGGCUCGGCGGGAACCCGGACGUCGAUGUUGCGUACCAGUACCUGGGCUUCUUCAUGGAUGACGACGAGGAGUGGGCCAAGAUGGGAGAGGAAUACCGCGCGGGCCGCCUUUUGACCGGUCAGCUCAAGGCGAAGUGCACACAGGUUCUCCAGGAGUUCGUCAAGGGGUUCCAAGAUCGGAGAGCUGCAGUUACAGAGGAGCAAGUUCGCGCAUUCAUGGACGGCAGCCGCAAGAUUGAUCCCACAUUCGGGAAGAGCAAGAUCGCACCAUCAGCGGCACAGGCGGCAUAACAGUGAAGCCCGAGAUCUGCGUUGUAGGUUGCUAGAAGGAAAAGGAGAAAAUGUAUACAUAUGUAUUACUGUCAAUGUGCUCCUGCGGCACUUCUCUGACCCUCACGUGUAUGCUUUCAUUUUGUUCAGGUCAGAUGUUCUACGAGAAUAGGUGGAUGUUGGUUGGUCGGCGACACAUAAAUGGAUAUGCUACAGGC